UCCACCACGACGCCAUGGAUUGAUCGCCGGAGUUUCCUCUCAAUUGUUCGAUCUUUUGACCAUGGAAGAUACACACUCAGUUUCUACGCUUAUAGAUUCUACAACCUCCAAGAUACACCAGCUGCAGAAGGCAUUUGCUGAACUCGAGGGUCACCGAGCGGUUACCCUGAACUUGAAGUGGAAAGAACUUGAAGAGCACUUCCAUGGGCUUGAGAAGUCCUUAAAGAGGCGUUUUCAUGAGCUGGAAGGACAAGAAAAGGAGUUUGAAACUAGGACAGUAGAGGCCCAAAGAAUGCUACAGAAGCGGCAAGCAGCCGUUGUCGCCAAGGAAGAAGCUCGACUGGAAACUCUUCAAGAGAAGAGAGAUGCUGCUGUAUAUGCCAUCACUAAUGCUCGAGAGAAGCAAAGGAAGGUAUCGACUGAGGAGUCUUCUUGUAUCACUGAUGAUGGCCAAGGUGGGUCACCAACUGUUGAAGAGAAACCACCAGAUGUGAUGGUUUCUGAUAGUAACUUGGAAGAAGUUACAAGUCCUGAAAAUGGGAGCAUAGAGGUGAUGUCCUAUCCCCAAUUAGUGAGCUUUUGUGAACAGAUGGACUCAGAAGGGCUCCACAAAUUUAUAUCAGAUAACCGAAAGAACCUUGCUGCAAUUAGGGAGGAGAUUCCACUUGCAUUUAGAGCUGCGGCCAACCCUGCCCUCUUUGUUUUGGAAUCAUUGGAAGACUUUUACCGCUUGGAGGGUCCUGCUAUGGAUGUGAAGAAAGAUUCCAACCUGUUGGGUAUCCGUCGAACCUGCAUAAUGUUGAUGGAGUGUCUGAGCAUAUUGCUGGCAAACCCAGAGAUGGUCUCUGCUUCUGAUAUUAUUACAGAGGAGGUUAAGGAUAUGGCAGAGACGAUUGCUGAAGAAUGGAAACCAAAGUUAGAUGCUCUUGACAUGGAUGCUAGCAAUGGGAACUCCUUAGAGGCCCAUGCCUUUUUGCAGCUUCUUGCUACUUUCGGUAUUGCUUCUGGUUUUGAUGAGGAAGAAUUGUUCAGGCUAAUACCGAUGGUUUCACGUCGUCGCCAAACAGCUGACCUUUGUCGUUCGCUUGGACUGACCGAGAGAAUGCCAGGUGUUAUUGAAGUAUUAGUGAACAGUGGAAGACAAAUUGAUGCAGUCAACUUGGCUUUUGCAUUUGAACUGACAGAGCAGUUCUCUCCAGUGCCUUUACUAAAGUCCUACUUGAAGGAGGCAAGAAAAGCUUCUUCACCGGUCAAACCUGGGAAUGUGUCUCCUACUGCACAGAAUGAGGUGAAUGAUAGAGAGCUGACUGCUCUCAAGGCGGUGAUCAAGUCUAUUGAGGAGCAUAAGCUUGAAGAGCAGUAUCCAGUGGAUCCACUACAAAGACGGAUUCUUCAGCUGGAAAAGGCCAAGGCAGACAAGAAGAGGGUGACUGAAGCUGCAAAGCCUCAACCCAAGAGACCUCGUGCUAAUGGUGUUGGAUAUGGCCCCCGGGUCACUAAUGUUGUUGCAGAGAAGACUUUCUAUCCUAGAGUCGCUGAUAAUAGGUACCCACAGUACGUUUAUGACCGACAGUUUGUUUACCCUGGACCUGCUGACAACCACUGCCCACCUCUUCUGGGUUCUGCUACUUACAACAUGCCCCCUGCUCAUGGCAACUACUUUGCAACGGGCUACCAGUAUCAGCCUGCAUAUCUUCACUAAUUUGAUGGCCAAAAAAGUGACUAUGAUCCUCUCAGGUUUAACGGUUAGUCUUUAACCCUUUGAGUUCCAAUGAUGUAUGAAUGAUAUUAGUAUCUUAAAAGACCAAAAAAAAAAAAAAAGUAAGUUUAGUUAAUUUAGUUUAGUUUGGUAGUGUUUAAGGUAGAUACUUUGAUCCGCUAAUAUAUGUACUUUGUUUUCCUUCUGUAUAUCUUUCUUCUUGA